AUGGACAGCUGUGUGCUUCUCAUUCUUCUGUCCUCCACAAUCACACUCACCACAGCUGAAAAAGAUUUAGAUCACCAUGUUUUCUCUUUUUCUCGUUUAGGUGUCCGGCUGGUUAAUGGAUCUCGCUGUUCUGGGAGAGUGGAGGUUCUUCAUGGAGAGAGCUGGGUCACAGUGUGUGAUUCUGACUUUAACCAGCAGGAUGCAGAGGUUGUGUGUCGAGAGCUGGGCUGUGGUUCUCCUGUGGAGGUUCUGGGAGCAGCUGCUUUUGGUAGAGGGGAGGGUCAGGUGUGGUCAGAGGAGCUUCAGUGUAGAGGAAACGAAUCUCAGAUUCACUUCUGUCCAAAAUCAUCUUCACUCAAACACAACUGCUCCCAUGAUAACGAUGUGGGACUGGUGUGUGCUGGCAGUGUGAGGUUGGUGGAUGGUGGGAGUCGCUGUGCUGGGAGAGUGGAGGUUCUUCAUAGAGGACAGUGGGGAACAGUGUGUGGUAAUAACUGGGAUAUGAGAGAUGCUGCAGUGGUGUGUAGAGAGCUGGGCUGUGGAGAGGCUGUAGAUGCAGUGAGUGAAUCUCACUUUGGAUCAGGAUCAGGACCAAUCUGGAUGGAUGAUGUGGACUGUAGUGGAUCAGAAACUACACUGAAGAACUGUAGAUCACUAGUGUGGGGUAAAAAUAACUGUAAUAAGACUCACAAUUCUGGAGUCAUCUGUUCAGGAGUCAGGCUGGUCGGAGGUUCUCACUGUUCUGGGAGAGCGGAGGUUCUUCAUGGAGAGAGCUGGGUCACAGUGUGUGAUGCUGACUUUAACCAGCAGGAUGCAGAGGUUGUGUGUCGAGAGCUGGGCUGUGGUUUUCCUGUGGAGGUUCUGGGAGCAGCUGCUUUUGGUAGAGGGGUGGGUCAGGUGUGGUCAGAGGAGCUUCAGUGUAGAGGAAACGAAUCUCAGAUUCACUUCUGUCCAAAAUCAUCUUCACUCAAACACAACUGCUCCCAUGAUAACGAUGUGGGGCUGGUGUGUACGGGUCACACUCAGGCUCGGUUGAUGAAUGGCUCAGACUCCUGUUCUGGUCGAGUGGAGCUCCAGUACCUCAGUGAGUGGGGUACAGUGUGUGAUGUAAGCUGGCAUAUAAGAGCUGCCAGUGUCCUCUGUGCUCAGCUGAAGUGUGGGAGUGCUGUGGCUGUGUUGGGGUCAGACUGGUUUGGGGAGGGGAGUGGCCGGAUCUGGGCUGAUGUGUUUGACUGUCAGGGAAACGAAACACACCUGUCAAAAUGUCCCAUAUCAUCAUGGAGUCGAACUGCAUGCUCUCAUGAACAGGAUGUUGGAGUUAUCUGCAGUGGUUCUUCUCUGGCGUCUCAUGAGGGAGGAGUGCGGUUGUCUGGAGGGAUGGAGUGUGAGGGGGAGGUGGAGGUGUUCUUCAGGCAGGACUGGAGGAGAGUUCUGCUGGACUCCUGGAGUGAGUCUGAGGCCUCUGUGGUCUGCAGACAGCUGGGCUGUGGUUCUGUACUCAACAUCUCCAGCUCCUCUUCAUCCAGUCCUGAACACAGCUACAUGUGUGUGACGGGUUUCAACUGCUCUGGGAGUGAAGCUCAUCUGAGGAACUGCAGCAGCUCACAAGCAGUUAACUGCAGCUCCACAGAACAGCUCUACAUCACCUGCUCUGGCCACAGCUCCAUCAGGCUGGUUGGUUCUGGGGGAGACUGUGCAGGAAGGCUGGAGGUUUUCCACAGUGGAUCAUGGGGGACAGUGAGUGAUGAAUUGUGGGAUAUUGAGGAUGCGCAGGUGGUCUGCAGACAGCUGCAGUGUGGAGUGGCCCUCAGUGAUCCAGUACCAGCCCGGUUUGGAUCUGGAUCUGGACCCAUAUGGCUGAAUGAGGUGGAGUGUGAGGGGAACGAGGCGUCUCUGUGGAACUGCAGAUAUCAGCUGUGUGGAGAGGAUGAAUGUGCACACAAGGAUGAUGUAGGAGUCGUGUGCUCAGAGUAUAAAGAGAUCAGACUGGCUGAGGGCUGUGAGGGGAAUCUGGAGGUGUUCUAUAAUGGAACCUGGGGGAAUGUGUGUAACAAUGGGAUGGAAGUAGAGACAGUGAGUCUGAUCUGUCGAGAGCUGAACUGUGGAAGAAGUGGGAGUGAGAGAGCUACCAAAGCGAGAGUGGAAUCAGCUCCUAACUGGCUGGAUGAUGUAAAAUGUAGGAAACAUGACUCAACUCUGUUUCACUGUCCAUCUUCCUCCUGGAGUCAGAACAACUGUGAUAACAGCAAUGAGGUGGCUCACAUUACCUGCUCAGGGGAGAAGAAACAGCUUGCACUGGAAAAUCAUCUAAAAUGCUCAUUAUUUCCAAACCAAGGCCAGUGCUCAAAGUACCUACCUCUACAGCUGAGAGGAGGAGAGGGAAGCUGUUCUGGAAUGCUGGAGGUGUAUCAUAAUGCUGAGUGGGGGUCUGUAUGUGGUGAUCUGUGGGACAUCAGGGAUGCUCAGGUGGUCUGCAGGCAGCUGGGUUGUGGGCCGGCGCUGAGUGCUAAUAGAAGUGCUGCUGAUGGUUCUGGUGGAGGAACUAUCUGGAUGAACAGAGUGAAGUGUAGAGGGAAGGAGAUUCACCUGUGGGACUGUCCUCAUUCCCUGAAGAUCCACACUGACUGUUCCCACAGUGCUGGAGUCACCUGUGCAGACAUAACCGUAACUACUAUUACGACUACUGCACCCACACCAACAACCCCCACCCCCACAGUUCCAGUUGUUCAGACAGAGAAGCGACCAGACCCUGCUCCACAAACUCCUCCACCAGCUGUUCCCUCCAUCUAUCCAUUGUCUCUCCUGGUUCUGGGAUCUGUGCUCUUCCUGGCCUUAGUGCUUCUGGUUGUGCUGUUUUAUCAGAACAGAGUGCUCAGGAGAGUGAUUUCUAAGAGGAUGAAGAAUAAAGUGACUGAGGCAGUCUAUGAAGAGAUUGACCAUAAACGUGUCAAAAACAGAUAUACUAAAAGAGCAGGGGAUGUCCUCUCUAAAGAACAUAAUUAUGAGGAUGUGCAUGAAGAGCUUCUCUCAGGUGAGGUGGGAACAGAGAACACACCAGAGAACUAUGAUUAUGCCAUCUCUACUGAACAGACACCUGACAGAUUAUCAAAAGACAAUGUGGAGAUGUAUGAUGAUGCCAUACCUGCUGGAGAGAAACCAAACAUUACAACAGUGUGCACUCCAGAGGACUAUGAUGAUGUCACUUCUGGGCAGGGUGUAGGAGGUGAUGGAGUCUAUGGAGAGAUUGUGGAGGUGAUAAAGGAGUCUGAGGCAGAUGGAUAGAUCAUCUAACAGAGACUGGAGAUUUAAAAUAAAACCAAGGGUUAAAAAAUGUCAUUUAUCUUUUAUGUAUCCUUUUGUAAGAUUUUGUAACAUUUUUUCACUUGCACUUAACUAUAGUAUAAAACAUACAUAAUACAUAUAAAGUAGACAGUGAU